UAUGAGGUUUUCUUUUAAUGACUAUAAGAUUAAUUUUAAUUCUACUGUAAUUUGAAGUAAAUUUUCAACUGUUUCUGUAUUUUUUUCUAAUUAAAAAAUGUCCUUGUCCCACGGACAAGUCAUGUCAAAGGUUUACAUGUCCGAACUAAAUUUCUACCUGUCCUGGACAAUCGGACAUAGGUUUUUUCCUUUCGAAGUGGAUUCUGUCGGCAAGACUUGAGAAAUGCCGUUGAGAACGUAGCUCCGAGAGGCUCUUAUACUCCUGGAGUGAUACACAAUCAUUGACCUACUCUUGACAUGUAAUUGCCCCAAUGGGCUUUAGAAGAAAAGCUUGGAAAUAAAAUGGUCGAUCCUCAAAGUGACAAAUAAAUAAACAAAGCAAUGGUGAAAACUAGUUCCUAAGGAACCGUAAAGCUGUCUGACCCCACAGAGGCCAAGAGUCUAUUUGACCUUUUCGGCCUAAAAAACUUCUCAACCCUUUUUUCUUUUCGAAAAUUUGUAAACCCCUGGAUCUUUCUCCUCCCGAUAUUGCUAAACUCGUCUAGGGAAAAAGCAUUGCGAAAUUAUGACCGUUCUCUUUCCUCAUUCAAAGUGAAAGGCGUGUAUUGUAAGCCCUUUUGUCUAUUACUGGUAAAAAUAUGUUAUUUAUUUUGCAGGAACCAACGUUUCCUUUACGAUUUCUCUUGGUGACGGAAGCUCUGAAAAGGUUCUAGAGAACAUCGGCGAUAAAAUCAGAAACUAUUCUUUAUCUCACCAGUAUGCACAUGUUGGCGUUUAUAACGUCCUGAUAAACGCUGAAAACCGAGUCGACGAAAAAAGUAUUAAUUGCACUGUUAUCGUACAGGAGCCAAUUCUGGAGUUGCUACUGACAGCAAUAGUACCUCGAAUUAAGCAUGGAUCACGUUCUGCCUAUAUUGCGAUAGGUGAGAACAUCAGUAUGGUAGGAACGAUAACUGGAGGCACCAAUGCUUCUUGCAGCUUUGAUUUCGGCGAAGAUGUCCUUAACGAAGGCGUCAACGUGUUUCAGGCAACGUAUGCCUACCGUCAGACAGGAAACUACACAAUCGGCCUAACUUGCGAAAACAGAGUAAGCCGCAGAAUCGAAACGUUUUCAACAAGAAUUGUCAUCCAGAAGGAUGAACCGAUCACCGGUCUUCAGAUUAAAGUGAAUGUCACAGCCAGAGGGGAAUCUUCUGCUUUCACACUCGUAAAGGAAACGGGAACAGCGUUUCUAUGUUAUUGGGAAUUUGGAGAUGCCUUCUCUGUUCUAACGGAUUUCUCGCAAAUUGAUACUCCUGUUUUGCACAACUAUACAGAGGAGGGAUAUUUCAACGUCAGUACUAAUUGCUCAAACAGGCAUGGUGCUGUUGUGGCCAAAGGCAUUGCCUGGGUUCAGAUUCCAAUUGUCAACCUAACUUGUGACUCGAUGCUUACCUACGUUAAUACAUCGGCGGAAGCUUCUUUUAAUGUCUCCGUUAAGUCCGGCUCUCAUGUGACAGUUACCACGAGGUUUGAAAGUAACUAUACAAAAAGCUUUUCUCUGGGACGGAGUAUUAAUGGGUGGAAAUACUUUCUGCUGAAUCAUUCUUUUGCUUCGAAUGGUUCUUAUGAAGUGACAGUGAUAGCUUUCAAUCGUCUUGGUUCACUUACUAGUCAAUGCGACCCAGUGGUUAUAGUGCAGCACCCGCUUAAUGAUAUAACUCUUACGUUGGAAGAAAGGACAAUAAAAAAUUCGAGUAACGCUACAUUUAUUCUCAAAACCUUGACUCUUGAGAGGUAUCCAACCGAUGCUUUCUGUCUUUGGUCUUUUGGCGAUAAAUCGCCUGUCGAAAAGCGAAGAUUAGUAUUCAAUAGUCACGGAAAAUAUAUCAUACUUCAUCGCUAUUCUUUUACAGGGAACUCUUCUACAGGGAACUUCACGUUCACGACCAAUGUUUCUUGUUCAAAUGAAGUAAGUAGAACUGAGUUCCACACGGCCGUCACUGUUUUGGCACCUGUCCGUCCUGAAAUAAAGGUUGCUCUUCAGAGUGAGUUCUCUGCAAAGUUUACAAAUAUCGUAUCUAGGAAAUAUUUUGCCCUUGGAGAUACAGCAACAAUGCUGGUUACUUCCCAAAAUUUUGAUAAGGCCUACCGUUGGAGACUGUAUGGAGAUGUAGUCCUAGGAAUUACAAAGGAACCAUGGUUCAAUGUCACUUUAAGCCAAACUGGGACCUUAACUGCAAGCGUUGAGGUGGAUAAAUUCGUGGAAAAUACGUCAGCGUCGGUCCAGUUUAAUGUGCAGGAGAAAAUUUCCGGCGUGUCUUUUACAUCAAGUGGUUUUACGUGGCUGAGAAACUCGACCCAUUUUGAGAUAACAAUUCCCAAGUUCCAGCAUGGUAGCUGUUUCAUCGUGGCAUUCAAUGACUCUAUCACUUCUUGGAUUAAUAAAACGAAUUGCGCCACAAGUGACAACGAAGUGAACUUUACCUAUUCCUUCAACCACACCUUUCCUUUUGAGGGUAACUAUACAGUUUCUCUUACUGUGUUUAAUAGGGUAUCUGAGGUGAAAAAGAAUGUGUCAGUUCUGGUCGCCAAGCCCGUUUGUAAGGUUAAAAAUGUUUCAAUAUGGGACUCGGACAGAAACAUGAGAAUAACUGGAGGUGUUGAAAAUAUCUUGCAGCCGAUAAAAUACAAUAGAUCAGAUACAAUUCGUCUCGAAGGACAGUAUAUAAAUCAAUGUUUAUUGUCUAACUCCGGAGAUGUCAAAUUCUUUUGGCAAAUUAUAAGAAUUGAACCUGAAAAUCUUGAACCAGGAAGACAUUGUUUCAAUGAAACCACAGGGGUAAAGAAGAAGAAUUAUUAUAGUAGUAACAUAACAGUUCCUCGCAACCUUUUAAUUUACGGCAAUUAUUCCUUCAACCUAACUGUCGAGCUAACAGGCAGUGAUGUCUUGAAUCUCUAUGGACAAGUGCAAGAAGAAACCAAAGCAAUAGUCGAAAUUGUACCCACACCUCUGGGAGGUGAAAUACGUGGGAAUAGCUGUCGCGAAGCGGAUACUGAGAAAACGUUUAGUUUAGACGCAGACUUUAACGAUCGAGAUGUUGCUACACAAUUUGACGAUCGAGAUGUUGCCUUAGACGGCAAAAAAGGCUUAAAUUUCGAUUGGUAUUGCCGGACGAAAAAUCACUUCAGUGGCAUCCAUUGUCGCGGCCAAGAGAUGAGUUAUGAUGGCCAAUUUGUCCAUUGCGCCGAUCAAAAGUUGAUUCAUAAUACUUCUGCGAUAGAGAGCAAUCUAAAUUAUUCAAACUUUACGCCUGGCCUCGAGAGUUAUGUUGCAAACAAGACUUACAUAUUUACGGUUAAAGUGACCAAGGAAUGUGAUGGGCGCACUGCUUGGGGUGAGGUUUCUGUUUUUAUCCUACCACCAGGUCCGCCAAGAAUGACCAUAAGGUACGCAAGUGGUGUUUCUUUUCUAAUUUGGUCUAUCUGUUAAAUACCAGGUUGAUUCAAGUAUUAUGCACGCCAGGGCCCAGUGCUUCCAAGUUCGGUUAUUAAAAAUUAAAUCAUAAUCAUAAUCAUAAUCAUAAUAAAAUAGGUUGAGUUAAGAGACUGUUUAUAAAUUCAGGGCUUUCGUGAUUGAUAUAGGUUGUCUCUGGUUUCCAGACAAAGGUAUUGUAGUCUACCUCGUCGUAGCCGUUGUUAGUGUCGUCACGCAACUCAUCUCCCCGUUGCGUGACGACACUAAAAAACGGCUGCGAGGGAGACUAAGACAAAGGCUGACCGCAAUGUUUUGUCUGCUCAAUUGUUGUCAAUACUAGACGAGAGAAUUUCCCUUAAGAUUUAGGUUCAUCUAGAUCAAAGUAAACUAUCAGUCGACGAACUCAGGCGAGAACGCCAUAAAAUUUGUUCACAACACCAACUAUCCGAGAUGAUUAUAGUUUAAUUAUUCACGGACCUCUAAUGACCACCCUGGGUUUUCUUAACAAAGUAACUAACCAAGAUCAGCCACUCUUUUUCUGGCGCUGGCCUUUACGUCCCCUUUUGGACCUGCCACCUUGAAUGUUGAGGUCUUCAAAACCUGCGGAGAUAUUAGAGACCUUUGGACUCAAGGACGAGGACGAGCACGCGGCCGACAAUGAACUUAACGUUUUUUUCGCGUUUUCUCAGAAAUGUACACCCCGAAAGGGGCGUUGUGCUCUUUUUCACCAGAGGCGAUAGCACGGUUAUUUUUAUUGAAGGAGGUUAUAAGCCCACUUCCGAACGCAAAAUGAUAAAACUUCUAACAUUCGAUAUUAAACUUGUGUCCGUCAUUGUGACAUUAAACUGGUAGUAGAGUGACGAUGGCUAUCACGUUUUCCCGCCAAAUUUUGACGUUGCUUCACGCGCUUGCACUUCUUUUUUUAAAUUUUUAUUUAUUUAUUUAUUUAUUUAUUGUUUUUACAAACAUAAUGCUGACUUACUUACAUAGUACUUACUUAGUUACAUAAAGCUUUAAUACCUACUUACAUAUAACUUGCUAAGUUAAAUACUACUUACUUACAUAAUAUAAACUUACAAGAUAAUGCUUACAAAACAGGAGCCGAUGAGUUGGAGUCUGUUACAAAAUAAUGAAAAAAGAAUUCUAAUACAACUAAUUACUAACUUACUAUCUAUUAACGAGGAGUAAAUACGCCAAAAACGACAAAAAAUAGAUAAAUAAAUAAAUAAAUAACCAACAAACAAACAAAACAAAAAAGCCAAAAAACAAGGGAAAUUAGCCAGAAUCAAGAAAAUUAUUUUUAUAGCUUGACUUGCACCUUAGCUUUGCUAGUUUCAAUUUGUAUUUUAUUUUUAAGGAUAGACAAAAAAGCGGCGAAAAAAUAAUCUUCCUCAUUUUUAGACGCGGUGUAAAUAUAGUAUUUUGCAAUUAUCAAGCAGAGGUUUAAACCAAGACACUGAGGCACGGUGUCUGUAAUGCCAUAAAGUGUUUGUGCUUCAGAAAGCAGGAUCUCAAUGUUGUUUUUUUGGCGCCACCAAACUGAAAAAUGUGUCCAAAACAGCUGAGCAUUGGGGCAAGUCACAAAUAGGUGUGUGAUUGUUUGCUUUUCAGCGCAUAAAUGACAGCUGUCAUGUUCCUUAAUUCCGAAUUUAUAUAAUGUAGCGUUGGUGGGUAAGAUGUGGUGUAAGAUCUUGAACUGAAACCUUGAGAGUUGUAUGUCUUUCAUAGCACUGAAAGGCAUCUUGUAAAUUUGAGAAAUUUGCUGUUCAUUUAAACUAGCUUUUCUGAGUCUUUUUUUGGCGGUGGCAGGAACAAAUUUCCUUUCAACAAAAAAGUUGGUAGCAAGUUUAGAAGAAAGCUUCUCAACGGGAAUUCUAUCCAUACUUAUGGAUUUAUUCGAAGGCGGUUGUAAUUUACCUUUCAUUAUUCAUUACGCUUGCACUUCUUGAUGUCAAGAAAAUCUUAUUCUCGUAGUGGCUCUUCUCUUUGAAUCUAAAGGUUUCUAUUAAGGCAAGCGCGAAGUUCGAAAAAACACAAGAGGGUUGCAACUUGUUUCCCGACCAGUUUUCCGGCCCUAUGAAUGAACAUAACAGCCUGUAGCGACCUAGCCAAGAAAUAGUGGACCUAUUUACGUGUCUAGUAUAAAUUGAAUAGUUCUUUUAUAAUCUUAUGAGUUUCUUUAUAGUUGAAUCUAAGUAAGAGAGCCAGUGUUUAGUUGCAUACCUGUUCCACUCUCUUAGUGCUAGGUUUACCAGCCUUAAAACCGACACUUUGAGAGUCUACAGUUAUAGAUGAAAAUUUAUUAGGGUGUUAUAUUGUUCUGAAGACAGCGAGUUUUUUAUUUUUUUUGUAAAAUAAUUAGUAGUGAGUAGUUUUUCAACGUCACUCAGUAGAGUACAAAUAACGCUCAAAACGAAUACAAAUAUCUUACGGUUGUUCUCCGGAAGACCGGUCUGACCGGCUCUCCACAAACGUAGUACAUGGCAGAAAAUUCAUCGUUUUUCGACGAAAAUAAAUUGUAAAUCGUAAUCUUAAGAAAGCGAGUUUUUUCAGUAGAGUCGCCUGAACAACAGUGAAAUGUCAACAUUGAUUAAUAUAGUCAACAUAAACUGACUUUAUUAGCUACAAAUACAACAAGAAAGAUGAAAACAGACCUAAAUGUGUGCAACAGAGUGAUACGGUGAUGGCAACAAUAUGUGAAAACAACGUCCAUUUCUCUUCGAUCUCUUGUAUUUUGGGCUCGCCAAAAUAAAGCGGGACUCGCAAGAAUAUCCCACGAAACUACACACUCUACCGUCCAACAAGAUACAUUUAUUGUUAAACGACUGAUCUGCGCUUUUCUUAUUUUCUUUUUGCUUCAUCAGGUGCCUAGAUCGCAAUUGCUCAAGUAGGCUGAAUCCGUCAAUAGAUCUUAGACUUGAGGCCGAGUGCGAGGGACAGUGUUUGUUUUUCACGCUAUUUUUUCGCUGGAAAAUACAAAGACUGAAUGGAAGUGAAUGGUCCCUACCUGCUGAGCUAAUCAGGGAGAAUACUAAUCGCGACUUCGUUAUUAAGUCUCAAAUCUUCCAGGAACACUUAAAACCUGGAGGCCAGUGCAUUGUGAAACUGGAAACCUGGAGAGAAGGAGGAAGGACAGGUUACGUCACCAAGAUUUUAAGGGUCAAUGAACCUCCCAAGCCUGGCAAUUGUUCUUGCUAUCCGCCGACAGGAAAUAUCUCUCACACAGAAUUCCAGAUUUCCUGUGAUGGUUGGGUCGACUCUGAAAAGCCACUACUAUAUAGCUUCAGUUAUCGUAGAAAUGACAAUGGGACGCAGCCACUUCUUACGUCGCCAGAGAACCCUAGCUCUUCGAGGAAAUUUAGAAUUUACGAACAAGUGUCGCAGAAUGUUCUUUCAGUGAAUAUAUCGAUUAAUGUAUCGGUAGAGGACGCCCUUGGUAUGAGUUCAUGGUAUGAAGUCAAACUGCAGGUACAACCAACGUCUCGCUCUACUCUGAAAUUUAAUUUGUUAGAUAAAAGAUAGCCUACGCCACAGCCGUCGGAACUAAACUUCUGGUUUAAAGGUGAUUUUGUUACACGAGACGAUUCGCAACGACGAUUUUUAGCGCAACACAGCGUUGCAACAUUGUUGCGACAUUGUUUCGAAUGGUUACAACAUUGUUCCAACAUUGCAAGGCUGUGUUGCGCUAAAAAUCGUCGUUGCGAAUCGUCCAGUGUAAUGUCACCGUAAGUCCGUCUAGCGCCGAAAUCCUUGCUCUAGGCCCCCACCUGUGUUCCAGGACUUGGGUACCAUGCACGACAUGAUUGGCCUGUUAAAAAAGCUACAGUAAAUCCUCCAUUACGCCCCCCGGCGUAUUUAUUUCAAGCCCAUUUGAAGGGGGGAGGGGGCUUAAUAGAGACGGGGGGCUUCUUUAAUUUAGAAAGGACGAAGGUAUCAGUUCUCCAUAGAGAAGUAGAGUACGGAGUGGAAAAACUCAAGUACAAGAAAUUUCAGGUCAUGAAGCCGAGGAUCAGUAUCACAUCCGAACUUUCAGUUGGUAAAUAAACCAUCCCGGAUCAGUUCACACGAAGUUCUACGGUCGUGAUUGAUUAAUACAGUCUAUCAUUUAUUAGUGAAGAAUAAUUAGGAGGGGAGGGGGGGCUUAAUAGAGGAGGGGGCCUAUUAACUUUCUUCCCCUUAAAGGGGGGCCUUAUUAGAGGGAGGGGGCUUAUUUGAGUAGGGGAGGGAGGAGGGGGGCUUAAAAGAGGAUUUACGGUAUUGUUAAUUUACCAGAUUGGUUGAAGGGAAAAUUGAAAAGCGUUUCCGGUAAUUCGUUGUGUCCGUUGGGGGCCCCCAGAAGGAGGAUAUCGGCGCUGCCUCGCAGACGUUACUAUCCGACGCAGGCUACAUGAAAAGUUGUUACUGGGAAGCAUAAACAUCACUAGCCAAUUAACGAUUAUCAGUGCAAAGUUCGAGCCAGAUUAGGGUCCACCUUCAGUAGAAAAUCGUUUACUGUGCGAUAAAAUAUAGUCUCCUUUUCCACCGACCGCAAGCUAAAGUGGAAAGAAGAGUCACAUUAGUAUCGUUUUUUCGAUGAAACUGCUACUUUCAGACGUCAAAUAUUUAAUGAGGCGAGUCUAAUGUUUAGAUGUAAGUAAGUGAAGCAUUUGGCGAUGGGCAGGGGGAACUGGUCAAUGGCGGAUCCAGAUAAUCAGAUAAGGGAGGAGGGCGGUCAUCCAGACCCUGAGAUAAGGGGGAUGCCCGGUCUAAAAAAAAACAUUUUUCGGCCCUUUGGGCCUCAGUUUGGUCUACAAAUAAGGGGGGCGGGCCCCUCGGAUCCCUCCCCUAGAUCCGCCACUGUGGUAGUGGCCUUGGGGUGCGUUAGCACGAAAAAUCGCGCCCGUCAGUUGUCAUAAGGCAGAGAAUGUUCCCCGUGGUCAAACGAGAAAAAUUUACUAAAACUAAAGUUAGUACCUUAAACUCAUGUUUUUCACUGUAAAAAGUUAUCAACGAGUUGCUGUUCAUUUACAACACUUUCUGAACGACUACUUAAAAAGUUCCAAGGUAUUGAAAACUGAAAAAGUCCAUUGUUUUCUCUUAUUGGUAAAUGGACUCUCAGCAAAUAAACAAACAAACAAAACGUUUGACCGCGGUAGUGAGGGAAGGAGUUUACUGCUUUGAAAAUCAAAGAUGGUGAAAAAAACAUCCCCUAACAUUAUUAUUACACCGCAUGCUAGCUACCAUAUAGUGUUGACCAAGAUUCCAGGGCAGGGUUUUGGGUAUGAGACUGACUAUGUUGAUGACAAAAAAACAUUCAUUUCCAUUUUUCGUGUCCCUCGUCCAUUCAAUUGUAUACCCUGUUUAAGACUCGGGAACCCCAAACCAUGCCCAUUUCAGCGGCACAUUCCCUGUUUAGGAGAAAAAGGGAGUUGAGCCCUAGGUAAAUCAUGUUGUUCGGUUCAGCGUUUAAACCUGGCUAUACGUUGGUCCUUCUUUUAGGUACAAAAUGUGAAAAGAGCAACUGUAAAUCUUGAUUCUGUCUUCGACGAUCUAGACAACGAAAAUACCACUUCUAACAUUAGUAACCCCGGUGAAGUCCGAGAGGAAAACUUGAAAGUUCUAAGCCUCUUGGAACAGGUUCUGUUUUCCGAUGACGACGAUAAUAUUGGUAACGAGGGUGAAGCUUCUCAAGCAACGACAACGUUACUUCCAACCACUAAAGCACAGCAAAUCACUGGUGGAAACGUUACAGAGGAAACUAUAACAGCCACGGGAAGUACAGUGGCACCAACCGAACAACAAAUGACAGAAACGCAGCAAAAGAAAGCUAAAGUAAGUCAUCUUCCUCAUAAUCUGAGACCGAAGCAGCCAACAUUUCGCGACGACACAACUGGUUUCUUCGCUAAAUGACGUCUGGAGAUCGACCGCAGAAAUUCCGUGCUGAUGACGCUCGCUACUUAGAUCUGAAGAGUGCUUUUGAUUGUUUGGAAAUUUGCUUCACCCAAUCAGAUGCACUACCCAGAUUUGGGUAGUGACGCGUCAUCAGUAUGGAAUUUCUACGGUUGUUGCUCAGACGUCAUUUCCCGGAGAAACCAUCGGUGGAGACUCGAAAUGCGACUGUUUUCUUAGGCUAUCUUUUUCACAGAUAGCUGCAAAUGUUUCUAGAAUUUUCAAAAAAUUUCACAAGUCGGAACCAGACAAGCCGUCAAUGAACAUCUUGGUAGAUUUUUUUGUCAUGUGGCUUUCCCUUGUUCUAAUUUUCUGGCAGAAAUCCCUUCCUCUUUGAAGUUGCUUGUUGACUCUAGUGAUACUACCUCGGUCGUUUUAAAUUGUAAUUAUCAUAAAUGUUAUCAUAAAUAUUAUCCCAUUAUCAUAAAUAUUAUCCCAGAAUCCUUUGAGACAAUUUUUUCUAGAAGCUUUAUAAUAAUUUUGUACGUAGAAGAACGUCAGACCACAACAAGAUAACGUUUGCCAUAAAAUAUCUUCCCAUGUCACAUCUAGGGUGAUGACAUCAUCAGUCACGUGACUAUUUCCGAAUUAGGUUUUUUUGUUGCUGUGACAAGAUUUCAUUAUUGGGUUCAAAACAAAUAGCAUGUUUGAGGUUUUGGUUGUGUGGGGCAUUUAAAAAUAACCAGUUGACGUCCGGCAUUUAAAAUUUAAGGUGGUAAUGAACAUGAGCGAAAAAUUCGGGAGACUAGGCCGACGGCUGUAGAGAGUUGACUUUCAUCACACGGCAGAGAAAUUUUACUCUCUUUUUUACCUGUGUUUCGCAUAUAGCCAGUAACAUAAUGUGGUAAAUUGAAAACAAAGUUUACAGGAAUAUAAAAAAUGCGCCGGUAUGUAUCAUAGCGUAUCUACCGGUAUGUUUAGUAAUACUGUUGUCAUUACCCAGCUCAAUCGUCGAUUUUCACAUGUGCCUAAUUUAAUUCGAGAGGUAACUGCUUUGAGAUGGGACGUCUGAAUCGACUAAAUUCGACAGUUUCAAAUUAAAUACGACUUUGUCGAAUCUGCUACUGAAACAGUCGAAAAUUCGACUUAGUUUAACAUUUGAUUUAGAAGUCGCAUUUCACAUGUGCCGAAUACAAUGCACCAAUUAUAGAAACCCUCAUCCAUAUUGGAUAAAAAAGUUUCGUAGAGACCUAGGGAUAUUUACAACAAACGAAGUUAAGUUUGGCACCAUCAUAUCCGACGUCUGAAUUAACUGCCAUAUUUAAUUACUUUCAUCGACUAAAAUAGGUUUUCGGCACUCAUAAGAAAUUCUUCGUGUGAAAGGGGCCUAACAUGAUAUAAGUUUCAACUUAGUGGUUUGCAGGCUGUUAUUAAGUUGUUGUUUUCUUUUCAGUAAGAGCAAUUCGUUUCUCUCUUUGUAAAUCCAUUUUAUUAAUCGGCUUGUGCCCCGACUUAAGAAUCAGCUGUAAUAGUUGAUUUUACUUUCUCUUUCCCUGAUUUGUAUGUCACUGGACAUGAUUUGUAUAUCAAAAAGGGCGAUCAAUUUUCAUCCAUCCAUUUCAAUUAAAGCAAAUGGAAUCACUUCUCUCCUGCUUCUCACAAUAGCGGACAACCUCGAACCGUGACUUCGUUGUAUAAAUAUGCGGCACGGAAGAAAGACGAAAAAGCCAACCCUUUUUUAUCAAAUUAAUUUAAGGUUUAAACUCGAAGUUUUAUUGUGUAAAAUAAUUAUAAUUCACUUUUACCGGUAUCACUUGUAAUAAUGAUCAUAAUAAUAAUAAUAAUAAUAAUAAUAAUAAUAAUUAUUAUUAUUAUAAAUAAUAAUCAUAAUAUUAUUAAUAAAAAUAAUUAGUGUCACGGCACGAAAAGCUAUCCAGUACAUUGUGAACAUAGGCCUUGGUAACGCCCUAUUGAGUGAAUGAAACCUACGCCUUUGCCAAAGUAGCCAGUUCAGUUUGCCUUGUGGAUAAAACUUAUUAAGAAUCAGUGUAAUUGUUUCCUGUUUCUUAAUAGAUAAUUGAAAAGAUUACGUCAAAGCUUAAAACAAACACAAAAGUUCUCGCGGAAAGUGGAACAACAACCGUUGAUGAGCUGCUGGUGAUAAGCGACGCCUUGGAGAGAGCGACAGAAAACAACGAAGUACUUACACAAAAUGCCCGGGUAAAUACAACCAGCUUUUGGCUGGUAGGAAAAGAAUAACUUAUCAAGCAUUUCCUGGUCACUUUCGGAUCUACUAAGGCCUUGGCCAAAGGUCGAACUUUUCAUGAGACGAACCAAGCUUUGGUUUGUCUGUUGGGUCAGACGUCGAGCUUUAAGGACGCGUCAAACCAUUCAACUGAAUCAAACCAAAAAGCAAUUUUAAAACACUUUCUCCCGAACGAGGUUAAGUUAUAUUAUCAUACAAAGUUUUAAUUUUUUAGCUUAGUCCGUCUCAUGUGAAGAUCGACGUUUGUCCCGGAGACCGGCGAUCUUCAGACGUUCUAUCCGUCUGAAGGAGACGGGUAGAACGUACUUGACGAACCAAACUCAUUUAGACGAACUUAAGUGAGCCAGACGUCGAACUUUUCGUGAACAUAACUCACUAAGUUUGGUUUAUCUCGUGAAAAGUUUGACAUUCGGCCUAGAUCGAAGACGCUUGUUCAAUUUCAGGAACAGUGUCAUAAUCAGAAAAAUUAACUGAGUUACCUUAAUUAAAGCUUUAAACGGCACUGUAGCGUAUUUUAGCGUAUUUUCUUCGAAUUAUCCGACCCUGGGAAUAUCGGCUUCUUAUAGGUGGAACUGUUAGACUCAAUCACUUUGGAAAUGAUUAAGAAUGGACUUGGUAAAUGUCAAAACUGUGGUAUCAACUGGAACGAAAAUACAACCAAAAACUAAUGGACAAAGAAAACGUACUCUUGGCUCUUACCAUAUAUAUUUUCCAUACUCCUAUUCAGGUUGCUCGCGUCUCUCUUGUUCUCAAUUUGCUCUCCCAGAAGGGUCUGCCUAAAGGCGACAAAUACUCUUGAAAAAUGUCUUAUCAUGCUUUAAAGCAUCUCCACUGCACGUACGGCGCAAACCUAAUCCUUUGUCUCGCCCCAAAAUAAUCGUUUCCUAACCAAUAAGCUAAAAAUCCCCUUAAGUUGACUCUUAACUGAUUAGUGGUAUGCUCUAUACAACCGCGGCAGGAAUAGCUGAGGCGGUAGUGCGCCUUACUACAGAGCGGGAGGACUUGGUUUCGAUCCUCAGAGCCGGAACAACACUCAGGGUCUGAAAAUAAUUGAAAAAUAAAGGUACAGCCUUUGCCGUGCUAACGGCUAAAAGUUCGCGUUGGCCGAAUGCCCAAGUAGAAAUGGUGGUCCCUUCGUCCCCAGUUGGAGACGUACGGUAUAGUGAAAACACCAACAACGCUCAAAUAAAAUGCUCUUUUUGACGUUCAUUACACAGCACGAAAUGUGUAGCGUCCAUGAUAGAUUCUUACUUUAGACAGGAAGCUCUCCUGAAGAGCCUAAAGUAGUAAAGAAUAUUGCGUCAAGUUACUCUUUCUCUUACCUCACUUUUUAGGACGACACCGUGGACACUAUGUCCAGCAUUGUAGGCGCCCUUGAAAAAGACACCGUCCCAGUUUCAAGUCUUGAAAAGAUUUCAUCAGAGAUUCUUGGAAUUGCUGGCAACUUAUUUAAGAGCAUAUCAGAGGGGUCUCCAGUGAGUUUAGAUGACCCAUUUUACCGCUGUGACGACGCGUUCAAAGUAAGUAUAUCUUUUUUUACAGCCUUUAUCCAGGAGACACCCUAAAGCUUGCACUCAACGCGUGACUGACCGCAAAAUGGGUCGAUAACUUUAAAAGUACACUUACCACAAUGAUGACAGCUUCCACAAACUGAACUUUCUGAAAUCGAUGUACUGCAUAUAAUCGCAGGUUACUGUCUUAGUUUCAGCAAAAUUUGUGUGGGAAAAUAGCCCUUGACCUAACAUGUAAGCUUCUAUCGCUUCUUUUAAAAUGUUGUCGCAGGUGAAAAUUCUUUUAUUCUACUUUAAAAGAAACUCGGGUAAUCUAUGCAGAAAAAUCUAUGUUAGCUACUCUACAUUCUCUUUCUGGAGGCGUGUUUGUCCGAGCGGUUGACACCUGCAGAUCUGGAAGUCCGGAGGUCAAGCCUCACCUGUUACCUUGGACAAUGAACUUGACUCUAUUUGUCUCUCUUUACCCAGGUGUAUAAAUGGGUACCGGCGACGCCUAUUUCGCCUUCGUAAACGGUCGUUGCCAUUUUUAACGAUCGAUGCCACCAUUGACUACCAAACCUUCAGUCAUGAUAGAUGUAAUAUAUUCCCUUGAGUAAGUUACAAUAAGGCAAAUAAUACGCUUUUGAAUAGUGUUAAAAGGAACGACGUUGAAGCCCAAGUUGAAUUAUCGUUAAAAUUUACGGAUUGAUGCUACAGUAAAUAAAGACAAGACAAUACUUAAAUUUUUCGGCAUUUUGGCGGAUCGGUGUGAUAGUGUAGUGGUAAGGAAGAGAGAUUAGGAUACAAAUGGUCCGAGUUUGAGGUCCAGGUUUGACCUUGGGUUGCGAUUUUCUUUCUCUUUGAUAUAGAAACACUGUCCAUAACAGGUCAAAACCUUUCUGUCUUAAAAAUGGCAGCGACCGUUUACGAAAGGGACAACUGCACCGGCGACAUACUGUUGGGGGGUAACCCUGUAAUGGACUAGCAUCCCGUCUAGAGGGGAGUAGCAAUACUUUAAGUGCUUCAUGCUAAUGAAACCGGGAUAAGCUCUGCUCGUGUGCGCCUUUACCUUCCCAUUAAUUUUACAUCAUUCUCUUUCUUUUUUUAAAGGAAAGGGGCAGAGAGGCAUCAAAAGAAAUUCUCGAUGUGGUGAAUAAAAUGUGCUUAGCAGUUUUGAAAGCUAAAACACCUGGGGAUGCAGACACAGUUAUUAAUACAGCAAAGAUAACAGCCGUUCUCCAGAAAGCCUUGGCCAACUCUCUGAAUGGAUCCAUAGUCCAGAACGAACUGGGAAUGUUCACACUACCAAACCUGGGAUUGUUUCAAAAUAUCAACUUCGAGGACUACGCUCUAAACCUACAGGUUAGAUAAAGCCCGAGUGCUUUUUCCUUCGUUGUUUUUGAGCACCGACAAUUUUAGCGCCAGGUUGGGUACGAUAAACUUUUCUCAACAAGGACUCUGCUUGAUAACAAUUUGCCUUUUCAACAUUUGCAAGAGUUGAGAACAAGAACAGUAAAAAAUAAAAAGGGUAAAAGAAAGAAAGAGAGAGAGAAGAUCAAAAGAUACUGAGGUAGACAAAAAAAGCCAGGGAAUUAAAGCAACAAACAAACGUGGGAAAGAUUUACUUACUUGCGUUUCUGUAUAAAAGUAUGGUAAUAUGUACUUAUUGACUCAGUUAGGUCGAGCCGGACGGGAAAAUAUUUUGCUGUCGGUCGAGACGCACGGACCUCGCGUACAGUAAGCAUUUUAUCAUUUGAAAAUGACGGUUGUGUUUUUGGAUUUUUCUGAGGGGGAGAAAUGCGUUCCUGGCAGCAUUUGCCUCGCUUCGAGCGCAUUUUUCUAACGCGUUUUUCCGGCUCCAUCACUUGACGCGUACGGCCCUCGUACUGGAAUUCUUUUUUGUGGUUUUCCAACGAAAUUGCGCGCGGUGCCGUACGGGUCAUAUUUUGUAGUUUGCCUGUUUUUAUUGUUGUUGUUGUAGUAGUCCAGUCACGUUCUGUUUUACUCUUUGACCCAUUGUCAGAUUGUUUCAUUUACAAACACUUAUUGUUUUGUUGAUCUACUUCUUUUACCAAUUUUCAGAUGCUGUCAUUUUCAGAAAAUCCAUAUAGCGACUGUGGAGGAGAGGAAAACAUCACCACCUCAGUGGUUGCAUUAGAGGUGCUUCAAACGGAUGGCAGCAUGGUUUCUCUUGAGGGAUUAGAAAGGGAUAUAGACAUCAGAAUUCGUCAAGUGGACGAGUCAUUAAAAGCAGAGAGGGAAAACUUUGUUCUGCAAAUCAAUGACACUUCAGCUCAGGUCCACACGUUCAAUUACAGCCUAGAUAACGCUGGGGUGAGCCUCGAGUUUGUUUCGGAAGAUGAAAACGUACAAGAGUGGAACAUAAUGGUCGCCCUAGGAAGACGGCCGUCAUCGAGCGAUAAUUUAGCGUCGUGGUCGGUAGAUGGGAUGGAGCAAAAACUGUUUAUACUAGACCAUAGUUUGAUAAGUGGGGAAGGAACAUAUUAUAUUCAAGUUCAGGGAAAAACAGGCUCAUUUUCUGAUUAUAAUGCCUCGUACAGCCUGACGAUAUCUACGUUAAAAUGCUUCUUCUGGAACGAGACAACAAAAAGUUGGAGCACGGAGGGAUGUAAGGUAAGUCCUUGAGCACUAAAAUCCGGUGGAAAAGUCACUACUUGGCGAUUCACUUCGGCCUUGGAGUAAUUUUUAAGCGACGAUUAAAACCAACGACUAAGUUAGCUGGAACUAAACUAUCCGAUGAAAGCUUGAAGAAGAGUUGAAUAAGUUAUGUUCAUUAAUAUAUUUAGUGCAACAGUUCCAGGGAGAUUCUUUCCUGAAUCAAAUGUUGCUCCAGUUUUAAGACAUACGGCAAUCUAUUCGAGUGUUUCUUGGUGUUGCGGAAAACAUUGUUAGUUGGCUUUUGUGUUGUAGUGUGGGUAUUGUUCAGUUUCUUUUCAAUCUUCAUUUGGUGAUAUACGUUUCGAGGAAACUGCCCACCUAACCCUCCCCUAAGCCAGCAUUAACAUUUACUUCUGACUUAAGGCAAAAUGUUGGCUUAGUAGAGGGGUAGGUGGGCAGUUUCCCAGAAAUGUAUAAAAAUCCGAAACUACCGCCUAUUGUAAACCUUACCAAACUGAGCAGACACGACGCGGCGUGGCCUUAUAAAAUACACUAUUCUUGACGUUGACUGCCGUUCAACUUUCUCGAGUCCUAAGCUGGUGCUGUACGUUGUUUGUUUGUUUUGUUUUGUUUUUUCUUGUUUGAAUUUCACUUUCUUUUUUGUACUAAUGUUUUAUACAUCACUCUUUUAAUCAACUUAAAUAUUAAACAGCUUAAAUCUUUUCUUUAAGGUUGGAACGGAAACUACGACAGUUGAGAUACAAUGCCUCUGUAACCAUUUAACUUCAUUUGCUGCACAAGUUUUCGUAGCGCCAAAUGUUAUAGAUUUCGAAAAGGCCUUGGAAGGGUUCGCCGAGCUCCUAACUAGUUCGUCAAAUCCUGUCGUCCUUUCAGCAGUGAUUGUAAUUUUUGUCAUUUAUGUUUUACUGCUUGUCUGGGCAAGAAGGCGUGAUGUUCGAAAUGCCAAAAAGGUAUGCUACAGUUUUAUGUUAAUUAAGUCUGCAUAUAGUCAUAUAGGAAAUCUUAUGGUUGGAUUAAGCGGUCUAUGCUAUCAGAUUUGUCUGACGAGCAUGCGUGAUUGUGCCAAUUAGCGAUUAAUGAUUGAUUAAUAAUCAGAUUUACGAUUUACUAAAACAUUUGUAAUUGACCUUUCUAAGCGCUUAAGUGUCCAAGUAGUGGAAUAGACAGUUGUAUCUUUUGUUAUAGUAUUCAGAGAGAAAAACAGAACAAUAUCGCUAAAUAUCCUUUUCAAAAUUCAAAGGGAAAAAGAAAUGGAAUGUAAAAGAAGCAAAAACCCCUUUUUUAACCUCUCCUCUUGCUACAUUAAAGGUUGCAAACUACAAUUGAUAUCUUUUAGGACGAAACAAAACCACUUGAAGAUAAUGAACCAUCGCAUCGCUACAGGUAUGAACUGUUAGUGCUUACAGGGAUGAGGAAAGGCGCGGGAACAACCGCCGAUGUUUCCUGCGUUUUGGCUGGUAUGGAUGGUGAUACUGGUCCCCGCCUGCUCAGAGAUCCAGAAAUCCAGCGAUUUGAAAGGUCAGGAAUGGAUUCAUUUCUCCUGACAACUCCUUGCUAUUUGGGAGAGCUCACCUUGCUAAAGAUUUGGCAUAACAACUCAGGAUCUAGUCCCUCGUGGUAUCUAAAGCAGGUAAUAGUGCGUGAUGUCACUAAAGACAGCGUGUACGUCUUUAUGUGCAAUCGGUGGCUUGCAGUAGAGUUUGAUGACGGAGAAGUUAUGCGGAAAUUGCAUUCCGCUCGGAAGGACGACCUAGUCUCGUUUAGCCAUUUGUUCUACAACGUCAGUCAAAGAAACAUCACGGAUAAUCAUUUGUGGUUUUCGGUUUUUGCAAAACCACGUAUGAGCAGUUUUACCACGGUUCAGCGCCUUUCAUGUUGCUUAGCUCUUCUUUUAUGCACCAUGUUAACAAAUGCAAUGUUCUAUGGACUAGAUGAUCAAGAAGCUGAUCCAACCGCGACUAUUAACUUGGGGCCCAUUAGCGUUUCCGCAAGAGAGGUGUACAUUGGAGUGAUAAGCAGUCUUAUCAUUUUUCCUAUCAAUCUUGCUAUCGCCGCAGUGUUUAGAAAUGUUAGCCCUAAAUCAGAGAACCGUAAAAUGGGAGUGAAAAAUCGAAGAAAAGAGAAGCGGGCCAAAGCGUAUAAAGGCGAUUUUGAAGACAUCAUACAAUGGUAUCGUAACCAAGACAAAGAGGACGAUGAAUUGCACCCGGAAAAUACUGAUUCGAUACCCACUGCUUUACCACCCGUUGAAACAGUUGACAAGGACAAAAAGACUGCAGCCUGGUUGAACGCAGGCAUGGACAGUUGCGGUAGUCAAAAGUGUUUAGCAGAGUUAGACCACAACGACUGGCAGGAAGAUAUGGGUAGGUUUGAAGUAUUUGAAGAAGCCAGCGUGAAGGUGCAAGUCAAUGAAAAGUUUGGAUCGGCAGCAGCCAGAGAAACGCACAAUAGAAAAAUUCCACAUUGGUUUGUUUGUAUUGGUUGGCUUGGAAUUAUAGUUGUAACAAUUACUUCAGCUUUCUUCGUUAUUUUGUACGGUUUCCAGUUCGGCAAAGAAAAAGCCACUCAGUGGCUUAUAUCGUUAUGCAUUUCUUUAGUUCAAGAUGUGUUCGUCAGUCAGCCCAUCAAGGUGCUCUUCAUUGCCAUAUUCAUCGCCCUUGUCAUAAAGAAACCGCAAGAGCAGAUGGAAACAAAAAGCGCGCAGAUCGAAAACGCGGACGAAGAGGAAGAAUUAUAUGGUGCUGAUUUUGAUAAUAGAAAUGGAUAUCCGGAAUUCGAAAAGAUCAUCCCGCAGCAAUAUGUCGACUAUAGAUCAACCAAAUUAACACCACCCGAUCUUACUGAGCUUAGCAGAGCCAGAGAAAAGAGAAAACGGGAAAUGCGAAUAUCUCAAAUAGUUAAGGAGGUCAUUCUCUAUGUGCUGUUUUUAAUUGCAUUGUUUGUUGUAAGCUUUGGACAGCGCGAUCCCAAGGCUUAUCUUGUGGCCAAACUUAUUGAAGAUACCUAUCUGGGAGGUGCUUACAGCAGCAAGGGAUUGAAUGAGGUACGUUUCAUGAUUUUUUUUCCUACAUAGUGUUCACUGCUCCAUUUUUACGGUUCUUCGAUUUUCUGAGGAUCAAUAACAUUUGCGUGGGUGCGUGGCAGGUUUACGAAUUUGGAUACCCACAAAUUCGCUUUCGGCAUUAUUUUUUUCCUCAGUCACUCUUACGUAAUUUUAUUUUUAAAUGAAAAUGAAACGAGAAACUGAGUGAGAAACGCUUAGGAUUGUGGCCCAUGCAUCAAAAUGCAGUUUCUAUGACGAGGAGCAUUUAGCACGUAAAAGACGUUUUCAAUGCAGCUCCAGCAAUUUUAUUCCACCCAUCGUGAUUAAAGGCCCCCUUUUCUGCAGCAAUUAAUACUGCAGAAUUCAAACUCUAUCAAUUUGAUUGUUCCUCGUACGUUUGUAAUCUCUUAGUAAAUUGGACUGCUGCAAGGCCGUCAGUUGAAAUUUCAAUUUAAAUUUUUGCUUCACUCUUUAAACUCUCACUCUCUGUACUGAAUUUUUAGAGACCAGAAUAGAAAAAAUACUCCUGUUAAAAUAUAUAUAUAUUUUUUCAAUGAACUACAAACAAGGUAAACAGGCUUUCUUUCCGAUUUUUUAUACGACUAUGCAGAAAACGUUUCAACUGUUGACAUAGACUAUAACGUAGAGGACUUAGUCCUAGGAUUUUGCUCAGGUAAAGAUGAUGGUGGAGUAUGAUGAAGGAGGUGAUCUUGCGUGAUUUAUUAGGCACCUUACGAUCCGACUACGGCAACGUCCAUGGAAACGUCGCUGAAAAAUAGACUUCGCAUCCUAUAUAACUUUUCCGCGAUUAUCUCAAUAAGCCCUAUUACUUUAAAGAAGGUUGAACCUGAAGAGAGGGGAACGCAGCCAGGUUCAGAUACAGAUGCUAGAAUUUAACGCCUUACCGUUCCCGUUCUCAAGUAAACUUAAAAUUUGGACAUUUCACGUCGUAGUUGUGCAGGGACAGCAAAGAAAUGUACAAAAAAGCGUGAUGCAAGUGCAGAGUUAUUGUUUUGCUCAUUAAACUUACUGCUUUUUUGACGUUCUCCUUGCCGUCGCCGUCGUAGUUUCGUAAGGUCCCUAGUAAACAAAGGCGGCGACGAAGGGUUUACUAGAGCACUAAAAGCUAACAAGAUGUCUUGUCUAUUAGAUUGGUGGCUUUGACAACUACUGGAAGUGGAUCGAAGGCACCGUUUUGCCAAGUUUGUCAUCAUCAAGUCGAGAGUGGGCUAAGGGAUGUCACCCAUUGGAAAAUUAUACAGCUGAUUGCAAUUCACGUCUUGUUGGUGGAGCACGAGUUCGACAGCUGAGAGUUUCUCAAGGUUUGUCACUCCAUAAGGCGUUCUCAUUCUUUCUCCCUUCUUCGCAAGUAACUAGAAUAGUGAAGUUAAACACCUUUUAAAGACAUUUUUUUAAGCAACAAGUGUCCAAUCCAGUUCAUGGAAACAUUUUCAGAUCUUGAAUAUAACAUUCCAACACAAAAUAACCUGUUUCGCUUCAAAUAUAUGUUGACGUUUCACAACAGUGCACUGCAAUGUUUUUUGAUUAUCUAUACUGAUCCCAGAAGAAGUGUCACUACGAUCUUAAGUAGGCACUGUUACGUUUCGGCUGAUGACGUUCUCUAAAUCAUAGUUACUGCGCUGAGAAAGAAUGAUCAUGACCGUUCCAUUACUUUUGUCAUAAUUGCUGUCUUUAAAUCGACAGAAGGCUGUCAAGUAGCAGGCCCAAUGAAGGAGACGAUUUCAGGAUGCAACGGCUACUACUCCUUAUUCAAGGAAGACAAAGGGAGUUACAAUGCAGGCUGGAAGAGUACUAACAAGGCUUUAAACAGCACGAUUUCCCCUUGGUCGUAUCAGUCAAUGAACGCACUAGAUUCUUUACCAUUCUUAGGAAUUAGGGGUACUUACGGCGGAGGGGGCUUUUCACUUGACUUGUCAUAUUCAAAUGAAACGGAAAUCUCUCUGAAGGUUUUGAAACAGAACUACUGGAUAGAUUCUAGAACACGCGCUAUUUUUUUAGAAAUCGCUAUUUACAGUGCCCAAGUUAACCUGUUUGGAGUGGCCACUUUCUUAACGGAAUGGAUCCCAACCAAUGGAAUAAUAUAUUUCAACAACGUAAGGGUGGCGAGGUUAUACCGCAAUACGGGCGAUUUGCACCUCGCAAUAUUUGUCUGUGAGAUAUUUCUUGUUAUUUUUCUUGCGAUUUUCAUUUACACGGAACUAAAACAAGCUUACAGACUUCGAAAACAGUAUUUCAAAGAUCCUUGGAAUUGGCUGGAAGUCUCUCAGAUUGUCCUAACUGUAACUGGAGCCAUCGCUUUACUACAGAGAACGUAUUUUACACAAAAAGCAAUCAGUCGAAUGAAAUCUAAUCCAGGGCAGUUCGUAAGCUUUAUUCAAGCGACUUCUUGGGAUGAAACCUUUGUGUAUUUACUGGCGUUCCUUGUCUUCCUUGCUAACUUAAAGCUACUCAAACUGAUGCGCUUUAACCACAGAAUCUACUUGUUUACAAAGACUCUCUCGAAGGCGGCGUUACCUUUGUUCUCUUUCCUUGUAGUGUUUUUAGUCUUUUACAUUGCUUUCAGCUUUUUGUUUUAUUCCAUCUAUGGAAGCGUGCUACCUGAGUACAGAUCCUUUCUAACUACAAUUGAAACGUUGUUCAGUGCUGUGAUGGGAGGUUUUGAUUUUGAAACAGUCCAGGCGAACAAUCGUCUGUUGGGUCCAGUUAUCUUCUUUUCGUUUCAGAUGGUUAUGGUCAUGAUUUUAAUGAAUGUGUUCUUGACAAUACUUAUGGACUCAUUUGCGGAGGUGCAAGCAGACGAACACUUGAAAUCUAAAGACUAUGAAGUCGUAGAAUACAUGCUUCAGCAGUUUAAAUACUUUUUCGUUAAAACAGGCAAGGUUGGGAGUGUGUCUGAAAAUGAUGCCUCAUCUGGAAGCGAGGUUAAUUUAACUAGAGCUGCUAAUCGGGCACAGUCAGACGGCGAGAGUAAUGCAUGCGACUCAACAGAAGGAAACUCUUUAGAAGUGUCAGAGGCAAAAGACCAAACUGCUGUAAAACGUGAUCAUGGAUCAUUUUCGUCCCUUAGCACCCUUCUUGACGCCACCCACUUUAGACACGAUGCAUAUCAAGACGAGGAAGACGUCUCAUCCACUUGGCCUUCACUUUCGCUCCCAAAAUUCCAUACACAUAAUGUGGAUAAUGAAGAGCCAUUACCAUAUCCGGGUGAACCAGUGGGAGAUGUAACUGAGGGACAAACCAUUGAUAUUCCUGCAAAAUCCGAUCACGACUCCAGGAGGCCUUUUAUAGUGUCGCAAAGUGGUGAUGAUUAUUGUGGAAGCGAUAGUGAGAGUCAGUACGCACUAACGGAAUGUUCGCAAAGUAGGCGUUGUUCAACUGUUACUUACCCUUCACUGGAUUUAGAAAGCUCAAGAAAAACGAACUCUGAUUCCUGUUAUUCCGUUGAUAGAGUCGAGACUCCGAGCUUACAAUCUGAGCAGAACGCCGGGUCCAGCGCUUCCCAUUACUACGAAUUACUCAACAAGGCGAUCGAUGAACUCAUUGUUAAAGAAGAAAAGAAAUUGGAAAAUAAACACGUGGCACUGGAUCCAGACCUUUAUCAUUACUACGAAUUGUUAGAAGACACGAUAAGGGGUCGAGAACGAGAACAAGACACGUUGUCAGAAGCUUUCUCCUUUACAAAUUAUAAAGUUUGCUCCAAUUUCAUCAAUGCGCAGGGAAAUCACGCAAUGGAUUGGGAAAGUUGUUUGGAAGUUGAAGCAAAGAUUGCCGAUUUGCAAAGCAUAUUUGCCAGCGUAGCCAUGAGCGAUCUUCAGGAAGAUGAAGCAUUUGAGCAACUGUUCAAACUGUACAUAAGUGUUCUGAACGAGUUCUCCUUUGAGCCAGAUUCUGCGACUAUGGAAAGUAAACUUGUAAAAAGGUUUGAAGAGAAGGCGAGGUGGAAGUACACUAGACACAUGUACACGCAAGCAUAA